GGGAUCGAGGCGGGGUUGAAGUUUGACGACCGCUCAACAGGACGGACAUAUAAGCCGCUUGUCUUUCCCACGCAAACAAGCAAACAGAGGAGUUACUCACUCCAACAACUCCGUGCCACCGACUGCAUCUAAUAAAGCAAUUCCAUCCCAACUUAUCAGUCUCUUUAUCACAUUGCCCCCAUCAUCAUGUCUGCGAUUAAGAAGGUCACCGUUGUCGGAGGUUCUGGAAACCUUGGCCCCAGAAUCAUUCGCGGUCUUUUGACGGGCCUUUUCGAAGUCACGGCGCUCUCUAGAAAGGAGUCUUCCGCAACAUUCCCUUCUGAAGUGACUGUCAAGAAGAUCGACAUCAACUCGCUCGAGGAGGUGACCGCUGCCCUCCGGGGCCAGGACGCCGUUGUCUCCAUCGUUGGAACAGCCGGCUUUGCCAGCCAGAAGACCCUCGCUGACGCUGCUCUUGCCGCCGGCGUCAAGCGUUUCAUUCCCUCCGAGUUUGGCAUCAACACCCGGGAGGCCCGCGGCACCAAGAUCGGCGGCAUCUUGACCCCCAAGAUCCAGACCGUUGAUUACCUGACCGAGCUUUCCGAGAAGAACAGCUCAUUCACCUGGACCGGCAUUGCUGUCGGGCCGUUCUUUGACUGGGACUUCAGCGGCGGUCUUCUGGGCUUUGACGUUAAGAACAAGACUGUCAACAUUUUCGACUCGGGCAACGAGCCUGUGUCUCCGUCCACCCUCGGCUUCAUCGGAGAAUCUGUCGCCGGCGUGCUGAAGAACCUCGAGGCGACCGCCAACAAGUACAUCCAGGUCGCAUCCUUCACAACAACCCAGCGCGAGCUGCUCAAGGUGGUCGAGGAGCAGACCGGCUCCACCUUCACCGUCAACAACGUCAAGACUUCGGACCUGGAGAAGACCGCCGAUGAGAAACUGGCCAAGGGCGACUACAGCGCUUUCAUCCAGUUGCUCCAGCAGCACAUCUUCGGCGACGGCAACGGAAAGGCCACGAAGGACAAUGCUGCGGUGAAGCUCUUGGGCCUGCAGGAGAGCGAUGUCAAGGCGGAGACAAAGAAGGCUCUGGCUGCGUGGAAGUAGAGAAGGAGGAAUGACUGAUGAUAACGACUCGAUAGAUUCCAUUCAAAAAGAAAUUGCAACAUGCGAGUAGAGCCAAGUGAAUUGCGUUUUUCC